AUGUCUACCGAAUGUCCGGAACUAAUCGCACACUGGUUUCAUGCAAUAGACGUUCCCCGAAGUGAUCCAAUUAAAAAGUCCACAACCAACAUUGUAAGGUCGCCUCAGGAAGCCGCUAGUCCAACCGUUCCAAAAACAAAACAACCGUCGAAUUGGGUUCCAUUUUCUAAACGUGACAAUGCCGCUCUGGAACAGGCUUUUAAAUCUGGUAAUCCGAAACAGGUUCCCUGUAAUGAGGAUUAUCUAUUCGAAGUCGAUAUCGACAAACGUGAAAUCCGUCCGAUAUAUUGGCUAGGACCUGUAUAUGAAGUUAAACGCGCCACAUGGUUCCAACAAGGCGAUGGCGGAAAGUUUUUUCCAUGCGAUGAAAAUCUAGCGACACAAAUCGAGGAAGGAUACAGAAAUCGUAAAGUUUGGCUCCCACAUCCCGACCCGGAUCCUAAUAAUCCUAAUGGGUCAGAGCCGGUCGAGAAAAGCUGCCCGUUGUUUGGCAAAUAUCUAUCUCAAUAUGUGACCUACACAAACCAAACGACCGCGUGGCUGUUGACCGACGACGUGACUGGAAGGUUCACCAAAACGUUAUUUUCCACCCUCACCAACAAUGUAAAUUUGGGAGGGAUUCGUCUCGUCCGAGGUUAUAAUGAGGUGAAAAAAUACACGUCACAAAAUCAAAAAGACGGCGGAGAAAAGAAGAAAAAAGAAGAAUUGGAUAUUGAGAUCAGAAGUGUUGCUGCUUCUGAUGACCAAGUAAAAGAAAGAGAUAUUAAACAAGAGUUCAUUGAAAGUCAAGAUUAUGAAAAUGAAGAAAGCGAAGAGGAAGAAAGGGCUAUUGACCAUUUAAUUUUAGUCAUUCAUGGGAUCGGUCAGAAAUUGAGCGAGAGGAUGGACGCAAUAAAUUUUGUUCAUGAUGUCAAUGUUCUGAGGAAGACCAUAAAAACAAUUUUUAAAACGAAUCCUGAGGUUUUCCCCCACGGUUCUCACACGAGAACGGGUUCGAAUGCAAAUCCAAGCAAACGUAACUCCGCGCCAUCGGAAAAAGGGGCACAUUUGAGAAAUGGCGUUCAAGUGUUGCCCAUACAAUGGCGUCAGGAAAUUAAGUUUGGCAUGGCAUCUGAAGAUGAAAAUAUCCAAAGGGAUUUGGGUAUGCCUGAGGUAGCGGAAGAAGGUCAAACUACUCUUGAUGAAAUUACCCUUGAUGGCGUUCCAACCUUGAGAAUGUUGAUCUCUGAUGUAUUAAUGGAUGUACUAUUAUACAUGACUCCGCGAUAUCGCGAGGUCAUGAUCAGCACGGUUACAAACGAAGCCAACCGAGUUUAUAAUGCGUUUAUCCAAAGAAACCCCAAGUUCCUUGAAAAUGGUGGGAGGGUAUCAAUAUACGGUCAUUCAUUAGGUUCCGUGUUGGCUUUUGACGUCCUAUGUCACCAACCACCAAUCGUUUCUUCAACGGCCUUUGGUAUAUUUAGCGAGACUGCAAAAACAUCAAAUGUGAAUCAGAUAAACCAUGAUUCUGUGAAAUUGUGUUUCAAAGUGCACAAUUUCUUUGCAUCCGGCUCACCCAUCGGCCUAUUCUUGUUACUUAAAGGUCUCAAGAUUUCGUCGAGGAAAAAUCGCGACAAGGAAAACCAAGGUCAAAUGAUUGCCGGUGCCGCCGUGCAAUUAGGAAUGGAGGUACCUUCAUCGGUGGCAGAUCACAUCCCAUUGUGUUACCCCGCAGCAAGAAAUAUUUAUAAUAUUUUUCAUAAUGCAGAUCCUAUCGCGUAUCGUCUGGAGCCACUUAUUGCAAGAAAUUAUGGUUCCGGUUUAAAACCGGCCCUUAUACCAUAUCACAAAGGUGGACUUAGAGCUGUUCAUCUUGGAAUUCAGGAAUUUGGAAAUGAUCUUGCGACAAAAGCCACAAAUAUCUUUUCAACCGUAAGGACAUCAUUGAUAUUCACAAAAGGGCUUCAAGUCUUGGGGGCUAACCCCUCACAUAAACGCUCAGCAUCAACUCCUGUCACAAAUGCCGAUAACGAAACUUCCGGUUCGGCGCUGACAAAUUACCCGCCAACACUAUUUGCUCAGCCGACAUCUGCUUCCGAGAAAGAAAAGGAAGAUCCGGAGGGCGCGGAAAAACUUAAAAGUUUAAAUUGUUCGGGAAGAAUUGAUUACGUUUUGCAGGAGGGUAUCCUUGACGUAGGUUACAUUAAUGCCAUCACGGUACACCUGAGUUAUUGGUCAGACUUGGAUGCAGUCAGCUUCAUUUUGAAGGAGAUUUACAGAGAAUGUCCGGAUGAAGGAGUCGAUGAUGACGAGGUCGAAUUGUGUUCAGACGCAAAGUAA